AUGUCGACAGUGUCGCUUCAUGCCGUGGGGACCAUUAAAAGACUUGAACUGGAACUAAUCUUCAGCUCCGUCACGAGAACUGUGUUAAACAAGACAUGCUAUCAAUUACUCGACUUCCUUACCACCUCUUUUCACUGCUAUCAUAAUUCUCUGUUAAUUCAAGCAGAAACGCAACAAGUUAGAAUUUCUAAAUGUUAUUACGGAUAUCAUGUGGAUUUUCACAAACCAUUAAAUUCACCAGCAAGUGAAGAGAAAACUACACAAAAGAUGAGAAUGAACAUGAAGCUUUUUGAUCAAAGUGUUCAAUAA